AUCCUCCCUAUGAUCGAUUCCAAAUCUGGAACGACAUUUAGCCUCUCUCAAGUGACCUUUAUCGCCGUUGUUUCUGUCAUGCAUCAAUAUCAUAUCAGUAUCGAUGAUGCGUCUUCCUAGGGUUUCGAACGCCGGAAUACGGUCAGCAGCUAUUAUCUCACGGGAAGACGUCUACCUUGAUCAAAUCCCAAUACAUGCAAGGCCGACAUAUGUUGACAUUCUCAUCGAAGAUGCGUUGCUCAUGAUAUCCGCUUCAUCUCUGGACAUUGGCUUAUACUUCUGUCUGGUGCGCACCAAACGUGCGGCGUUCCUCUUCCUCGCUGGUUCUCGACGCCAAGUGAUUGCGUCGAUCACCUACCCGAGUGCGAGAAGACUCCUGUUAGUAUGCUGCCGCCAACCUCACACUGAAACUGCUAUUCUGCCAAAUCCCACGACCACGCUACUCGGCGCUCGCUGCCUCCCCCAAUCUUUUCCCGGAUCUAUUCACUAGGCACAGACAAAACAGAAUGGCCCAUUCCCGAGCGCGAUUUGUGAACCGACGUAGUCCUGUGCACCAAACCCCUUACGUACGCGCCCACAUCGUCUUCGCAAACCUCACAACUCGACGAACCUAUAUCCCCCGGAACGAUGACCAAACCUGAGCAGCCUACUGAGCAUGAACCCACCUGGGGCCGCCUGAUUCGGCUUAUUAUAGAGUCGAUCUCAUACUUUCUAUUGACGAGUCCUUAUGAACGUUAUUAGGUGCAGCACCACACAGCAAGCGGUCUCGGCUGUCGUGUUGGGCCU